AUGUUUCGAUAUUCACUGGUGCUUUUCUGCUUUCUUCCGCUCCUCGUGCAAUUGCAAUCAGUCGAGGAUCUGAGAAAUGAUCACAAACCAACACCAACCGUUCAGCCAACUCAGCCGCCAGCAGUUCGUCAAAACAACUCAGUCAAGUCACGCACGAUCGAUCCAGUGCUCCGGAAUCUCAUAGUCGUCUUGCUCGUCUUCACCCUGAUUUUGCUGAUCCUCUGCGCUUUUUGCGUCAUCAUUAUGCUGUGUGUUUGCUUUUACGCAUGUACCAGUUUCUAUCGGAAACUCGGAAAGGAAAUGCAAAAGCGGCAAGAAAUUAACCAAGAAAUGGAGGAAAAGGAGGAAUCCAAGCAACCUGAAGCAAUUCUGAAGAAAUGUACGAUAGUAGAAAGCCGAGAGAAAUGCGGGGCCAGAUCUCUGAAACUCGCAAGAAUGCAUGGAUCUGUCGAUGUUCGACUUUUAUUCGAUUCAGAA